AUGGCGUCUUUUGCAGGUGCCUCGCGCAUGUCGGUGCGCCUGGUCGCCCGCCGCGUGGCUCAAGAUGCCUCCAGGGGCUUCCGCUCCUCGGCGGCCCCCAUGGCUGCUCACAACUUCACAAUGCCCGCCCUCUCGCCCACAAUGACCGAAGGCAACAUUGCCAGCUGGAAGAUCAAGGAGGGCGACUCCUUCUCCGCCGGCGAUGUCCUACUCGAGAUCGAGACCGACAAGGCGUCAAUGGAUGUCGAGGCCCAGGACGACGGCAUCCUCAUGAAGAUUAUUCAAGGUGACGGCACCAAGAGCAUUCAGGUCGGCUCGCGCAUCGGUGUCCUCGCCGAGGCUGGCGAUGACAUCAGCUCUCUCGAGCUGCCCGCCGACGAGGCCAAGGCAUCCAAGCCCGAGCCGAAGAAGGAGGAGGCUGCUGCGCCGCCAGUGUCCGGACAGGCUCCCGCGGCGGCCAGCGGCAAGAGGCAGCCCAACAAGUCUGGCAAGAAGGCGGAGCCUCAGAAGUACCCUCUCUACCCAUCCGUCGCCCAUCUGAUCAAGGAGAACGGUCUGGAUGACGCUGCCGUGAGCGAAAUGACGCCCACCGGUCCUCAGGGCCGCCUUCUCAAGGGCGAUGUGCUCGCCUACCUUGGCUCGAUCUCCGAGAAGCGUCCUGCCGAGAUCAAGGCUCGGUUCGACCACAACUCGCAUCUUGACCUUAGCAAUAUCAAGAUUGCCGCGCCCAAGGAAGCCCCUGCGGCCAAGAAGAGCGGUGCCGCUCCAUCCGCGCCCGUCGUCGAGGACCUGAUCGUCUCCACACCCAUAUCCUUCCACAAGGUCGUCGAGGUACAAAAGCGGAUUGAGGAGACCAUUGGCACGUUCUUGCCGCUGUCAACCUUCAUUACCCGUGCAACCGAGAUGGCCAACGACGAACUGCCGUUGGCAUCCAACUACAAGCCCACAGCCGACGAGCUCUUCAACCAGGUCCUCGGCCUCGACAAGGUGAACCCCACCACCUCGCGGGGCUACUACAUGCCGCAGGUCGCCGCCCUGCCCACGCCAUCGCUCAUGGGCGUCGCGCCCAAGCCGGCCCGGUCGCCUGCGGCCAAGGUCGACCUUAUCGACUUCCUCGCUCCCACACCCAAGAAGACCAAGCCCGUCACCUCCCAGCAGACCACUGCGGGUGUCACAGUUAGCGGCCUCAACGUCUUCAGCCUGGCGGUGCCUGCGGCUGAGAAGAAGCGCGCCGACGCCUUCCUCCAGAGGGUCAAGAUGCUGCUCGAGGCGGACCCUGGCAGACUUGUACUAUAA